AUGGUUCCCAGCAACACGGUCCUUGACUUAAAGCGAAAGGUCCAAGAGGAGGAAGGGAUCCCCCCUGACCAGCAGAAGGCCGUCUUCGCUGGCAAACUACUCGAGAAUGACCGGACGAUGCCUGAGCCUACCCUGGAGCUUCUCGGCGCUGUACCCCAGACCCUUGACGAAGAGCGUCAGACAUCAGGUUACGAGGCCAUUGUGGCAAGCGGCCAGCACUGCGAGUGGAUCGUGCACGCCAAUCCGGAUGGCUCUCUAACGGAUAUUAGCACUUCCAGGGAGUACCCGUAUCUCUUCUGGGAAGCGGACUCUACCGAUGGGCUGGUGUGCGGGAACUUUGGCCUGGAGAAGACGCCGUCGUUUUGCGUUGCUGGAAACGAUGCAGGUCUGUUCCUCGACGUUGCGCUGGAACGACUCGGGCUCAACGUGCGGGAGCGCUGUGACGUGAUCACCUACUGGCUGCCGCAGCUGGAGCCUUAA